GCAGUCGGUUGUAUUUUUUAGUAGAUUUACAUGACUCUGCUGCCGCCUCUCCACCCGUCCAUAGCCGGAAGUCUGUGAGGAUGGUCUAUUGGUUUUUUUCUUUCGCUUCAGUUUUUUUUAUAUCCUUUGGUUUUUUUCGCUUUGCUUGUUAUUUUUCUCCCAGGCAGGAGGGCACCACUGACACACACUGCUGUCUGCUAGCUAACUGUAUGUUAAUCAGCACGUCGGGCCUGAUUAACUACAACAUGCAAGGAGUCGAAAUGGAGCCCUUCUAGGGAGCUACGGCUUAUUAUAAACAAUGCAUAUGAUUUGUGGCGUUUCAUGAAAGAUCCUGUAAGACACAAAGGCUGCAUGACCAACCAGGCAAAGUGAGCGACUGCCCCACGAGCCCCACACCCCCAGGGGCCCUCAAAACCCAGCAUCACUGUGUGGCAUUUAGUUUGUGCAAUGAUGGAGGACUCUCAUUUUAAUUCAUCGUAUUUCUGGUCCCCCAUCCCCACAGUACCCGGACAGAUUGAAAAUGCCAUGUUCCUGAACAAGGUGAAAGAGCAACAGGAAAAGAAUGCUUCCUUCUCCUCUUCCCCUGCAUCCCACUACCAAACAGCUCUUCUCACAAUCCCCACUCCCGGGACGAAGACAGAUGGAGGUGGGCAGGCUGGUAGUGCGGCACACCUCCACCCUUCUCACAGCUCCCAGAACAUGCUCUCUGUCCCCUCCACGGGCAUCAUGACAGCAGCGGGUCUGGUCAUCACAACUCCUCAGGGAACACUAGUCUCUCCCACCUCCUCUCAGUCAUUUGUCUCUGGGCACCCAGCCACGACCAUGAUUGUUUCAGCACUCCAUUCUGCAGACAAAAAAGAAGGGGAUGGGUCGUCCCAUGUGGUCGUGAUGCCAGCACCCUCCAAACGAGGCAGAAAAAAGAAGGCAACAGUGUCCAGGGGCGGACCAGGAAAUGAAACACUAAUACUGGCGCAUCUGACAGCCGGUGGCCAGGUGACAUCUUUACAGCAUCAUACCGAUGACCCGUAUGACCUGUCAAAUGAAGAGGAGCACCACGGCCCAAAAGACAGCACUAAGACAUACAGGUGCCGGAUGUGUGCGGCGACCUUCCUCAGUAAGUCUGACAUGCAGAUCCACUCCAAGUCGCACACAGAGGCCAAACCUCACAAGUGUCCUCACUGCGCCAAGUCAUUCGCCAACUCCAGCUACCUGGCCCAGCACAUCCGCAUCCACAGCGGGGCCAAGCCUUACACCUGCUCCUACUGCCAGAAAUCUUUCAGGCAGCUCAGUCAUUUACAGCAGCACACACGGAACCACACAGAGUCAAAGCCUCACAAGUGUCCCCAUUGUACCAAGUCAUUUGCCAACUCUAGCUACCUGGCCCAACAUGUCCGCAUCCACACCGGAGUGAAACCCUACACCUGCUCCUAUUGCCAAAAGUGCUUCAGACAGCUCAGUCAUCUUCAGCAGCACAACAGGAUUCACACAGGAGAUCGGCCAUACAAGUGUAUCCACCCAGGCUGUGAGAAAUCCUUCACGCAACUCUCAAAUUUACAGUCCCAUCGACGUCAACACAACAAGGACAAGCCCUACAAGUGCGCCAACUGCAAUAAAGGAUACAUAGAUCCAGCAAGCCUGGAGGUGCACAUGGCCACACACACAGUCAAGCACGCAAGGAUCUACUCGUGUGGUCUCUGCAACCGCACGUAUACCUCAGAGACGUAUCUGGUGAAACACAUGGAGAAACAUAACCCAGACCAGCUGACUGCACCAGCAGCACAGGCGGCGCAACAGAACCAGAACCAAAGCCAGGGCCAGGGCCAGGGCCAGGCUGGAGCUCAGAGCCGUGUAGACGGCACAGAUGGAGGAUCGAGCAGACCUGGGGGAGCUGGGAGCGGAGGAACGGGUGGAGGCCAGCAGGGACAAAGCCAGAGCAGCUACCCCCAGACACAAACUGUCUCCUGUCCAUUCGACCUGCACCAGUUUAAGACAGUGUCUGCCAGUGACAUCCAGUACAAGCCUGUCAGCGUAGCUGACCUUACUUCCAACAAGGACCUCUGUCUCACUGUGUCAGCAUCCACCAUUCAAGUGGAACACCUCAACUCAUAGAGGUGAUGAAAGAUAGGAGUUUGUGGGGUGGGGAAGUUCAAAUUACUCAAAGGAUAAAAGCAAUACUAAGGUGAUACAAGAACUUUGGAACACAUGACUGUGCCUGAACGAUGAUUUGAGGCUAUCAGGACAAACGACAUGAUGACACAGAUUACUGAAGACUAUAAUUUUGAUUUUUUUAGUUUGUCUCUUUUUCUUUUCUGCCUUGUUUGAUUUGUUUUGUUUUCCUUUUGCUGAGCUUUCCUGUCUGAGUAGAAAGUGCAUGUAAAGGCUGCAAUAAAGUAUGUCUGUCCAUCACAGUGAUGGUUUUAUGAUAGGAAGAGAGUCAAAGUGCUUCUCUUCACUGUUGUUUUAUCACCUCCUGCUCUUCCAUACAAAUACAGCUUUGGCCAUAGUAAUUUAUGGUCUCUCUGUCGAUGGAAUUGGUAGUUGACUGUAAAGGUAAAUUUUUAUACUUUCAUACAGAGACUUUCAGUUUUUACAUCAGUGUUAUUUACCUCUACUAUGUUGUAAAAUACAUGCCCACAAUUAAUUCUUCUUAACCUUAAAAGGGACUUAAAGCUCAUUUCUUUUUCAGGAAAGAGAAAAUAUCAAUUAAGUAUAUAUAGAUAUAUAUAUACCCUACCACUUUAUAAAGAAUGCUUGUGUGCUUAAAGGAUAUGGUAAUCCAUAUAACCUAUUUAGACCCAUUCACAGGCGUUCACAUGACCUUCGGGGAGGUGAAUGAGCUGGUUCACGUUUCAUGUAAUCCUAUUGUACUGCUUUGUGUGUGUGUCCUAAAUGUAAUGUUAUCCAAACGUGUUCUUGCUAUUAUACUUCCACGAUUACAAUGUUUAUAAUACUUCUUUACAGACAUGCUGACACAUCUGAAAUUUGUCAUUUUUUUGGCUUAUAAUACAAUAAACCCUCUGAAAUGUU